AAACAACAAAAUUAAAAACAAGCAAAAAUAUCCUAAAUGUAUUAAAGCAACAAUAUUAUUACUAGAAAGCUGAAGUCAUUCCAAUGUAAGCCUAACAGGCGAUGUUUUCUGGAUCUUCUACCAAAGAGAAACAUUGUUCGUAUUUAUGACCUUGUGUACUUAGGCUGAACGUAUAGAGAAGAUAAGAAACACGUGUCUUCCUCCUCGUGCAACAGCUACUCUGCAGUAUAUAACUCUGCACUAUAUAACAUCUCCUCCAUCCCCUGCACACUUACCUCGCCCCAUCGCACGACUCUGCUCAUACAAGGAGGAUCCGCACAAGCAAACCCACAAUGGGAAAGCACAACUUUUUCCGCCUUGGUGCUGUUGCCAUCUCCUUUGCUUUCUUUGUCAUAAGUCUGGUGUUCAACGUCCUGUCUGUGUUUGGAGCUGGUCCCUAUUUGACCACAACUGCCAAUGUGUCUGCUGUGUUCGACACGCUGCUCACACCACCAGGAUGGACAUUCGCCAUCUGGGGAGUCAUUUACAUCUGGCUGGCAGCAAUGAAUGUCUACAUCGUUGCGGGGCUCUUCAGAAAAAAUGAAACCGGUUAUAUGUACUGCAGCCCCCCUGUGCUGCCGUAUGGAUUCUUUGUUUGCUGGUGUCUCAACCAGUGUUUCAACAUUGCUUGGCUUCUUGUUUGGGACAGAGGAAUGAUGAUCCCUGCCCUCAUUUUCCUCAUCCUGCUUGUCGCCACAAACUACUCCAUGAUAUUCUUCUGCUGUCAUGGCCUUCAUGUUUAUGGAGCCUGGCUCAAGAAAUAUUGCAAGAGAGAUCUUUGGCUCCUUCGAGCGUUGGUUCAGAAUGGUGUGAUGGUCUACACCACUUGGACAACCAUAGCAACCCUCCUGAACCUGACCAUUGUCCUGGUUUAUGAUGCAAACAUGUCUCCAGUUGAUGCUGCCACUGUCUCCUACUCUCUACUGUCUGUGUUGCUGGUUGUGUGGUUUGCUUUGGAAAACACCAUCCUUGAUAAGCAUGUGCGAUACGUCUUGAUCACCUAUGUUGUUGUAAUCUGGGCAUUGGCGGGAAACAUGAACAAAAACUAUGAUGCCAACUCACCCGGUCGGAUUGGCAUCUUCAUUGCUGUACUGCUGGCGGUUUCCUGUGUGCUGUUCGUCAUCCGGAUUAUUCUGGUGGUUUGGAGACACUUCAAAAAACCACUUUACGAAGAUGCAGGCCCUGAAGCCAUGGAAGUGAUGGAGAUUUCUAAGAAAGACAAAAAGAUAUUUCGCUAGGCUUUAUUCACCAAACCUGUGGGUCGGGGGUGAUAAUGAGGUCAGCUGCUAGUCAGGUUUUAAAUGCAUGCUAAAAACAAUCUUGCACUCCAUGUUGUAUAUUAUUUAAUAUCUAUUUUAUGUUUUAUUAGAUGGCAGCAUAGUGAAACUGCAGCGUAGCAAUGACUUGUAUAAAUUUGUCUUAUGAUUAAUUUACAACAAAGAAAAUAAACACCAUCACAUUUAAAUGAUCAAAUAGUAAAAAAAAAAAAA